UAUAUGUAUAUAGUGAAGUCCAUGUUUAGAGGUAUUACUCUUUGGUCUUUGUGUAUUCUCUUUUAAGUGUACUUGAUUUCCGAUUCAGAAUAAAAGAUGUCGGCUCAUUAACUGCAGCCUAAAUGUAUUUCUGUCGAUGUUAAUUACAAUUUAUAAUAAAUAGUAUUGAAACUUCAAUUGUGUUUUUAUUUAAAACAUGAAACAUGGUGUCUUAUAAGUGGGAUACAAAUAAAUUCAAGUGCGUGAGUAAUAAAUUAACAUAAAAAUGUGUUAUAACAAUGAGUGAGUCGGAAGAUGAAAACGUGCUUCAACAAACUGAACAAAGGACUGUGUCUAGAAAAACUGAAAAUUUCACAAUGGUUCCAUGCAAUCUUCAGAAUUUUAAUUUCGAGGGCAAUUUAUCCGAAAAUUGGAAGCACUGACAUUUUCAAUUCGUUCAACCUCUCAUCCGAAGAUGCAAAAAAGUACGACGUGGUGGUAAGUAAAUUUGAAAACCAUUUCUCGCCUAAGAAAAACCUCACGGUUCUGAGACAUAAAUUUCUAAAUAGGAAACAGCUGCCAUCUGAAUCCAUCGAUAGUUUCUAUACAGACUUAGUUAACUUGAGCCUCGCUUGUGAAUUUGACUCUGUCCGCGAAAGUCUUGUUUGCGAUGUCUUAAUAUCAGGGCUUAACUCUCAAAACCAGAAUGUCAGGGAACGAUUAUUGAGAGAGCCGGAGAUUAACUUGGAGAAGACUUUAGCAAUCUGUAAAGCUGCUGAACUGUCUAAACAACACAUCAGAGAACUUGAAGCAGAACAUAAUGUCCAUACAGUAAACGUCCAUAAGCAACGAGAGAGGGGUUACCAACAACCACAAACGUUCAGACAGAAACAGGUUCAUCAGGACCAACGGAACAAAUUUCAUCCACCAUCACAGCAGAAAUCAACUGGGACAGGUAGGCCUAACAAAAGUACAAGUGCUAAGAAGUUUAUUUCAAACUGCCGUAAUUGUGGGAAAAAUCACGGUAUUAACAAGUGCUCUGCGUAUGGCUUAGUGUGCUAUAAGUGCGGUAAAAACAACCACUUUGCCAGUGUAUGCAAAUCAGCCAAAAAGGUUUGUGAAGUAGGCCUAAGUUUAGAUUCUAAUUCGAGUGAUGUAGCUAUAAGGCAAGGUAGGCAAGACAGUUCUUCUAAAAGUACUUGUGCACAAGAAUAUUUUUCAAUUGAUACGGUAUCGCUCACGUCUGAAUCUAUACCUAAUUACGUGAUUGACAAAAACUUUUUAUUCAGUAAUAUAUGUUCAGUUAAUGAUUCUGUUCCUAAAAAUUACAUGUGUAAAGCCAGGGCUAAUGAAUGGCUAGAGAAUUUGAACAUUAGGGAACACACAAUAUCAUUUAAAAUAGAUACAGGUGCUCAGACAAAUAUCAUCCCAAUUGAUUUGUUUAAUAGGCUAGGCCUAUCAAAGGCAUUAAUACGCACCUCAAAUAUAAAUCUUAGUACACUAACUGGUGAAAAAAUACCGGCUUAA